GGGCCGGGCCUGACAGCCAUUUUUAUGGGCACACCCCAUUUUUAUAUAUAUAAGCAUUUGACGCUGCUGAAUCGAAACCUUAUUCUCUCCUUCUCCCGCCGCAACUCACUGUCUUCCUUCUCUAGGGUUUUUAGCUCCCCCAAUUUCUUCGCUCAACAUGGUUCUUCAAAAUGAUAUUGAUUUGCUAAAUCCUCCGGUUGAGCUUGAGAAGAGGAAACACAAGCUCAAGCGUCUUGUUCAGUCACCAAACUCUUUCUUCAUGGAUGUUAAGUGCCAGGGUUGCUUCAACAUAACCACUGUCUUUAGCCACUCUCAGACUGUUGUUGUAUGCGGAAACUGCCAGACUGUCUUGUGUCAACCAACCGGUGGCCGGGCAAGGCUAACCGAGGGAUGCUCCUUUAGGAAGAAGGGAGACUGAGUGGAUUGCCAUCUUUUUUUGUUUGUGAUUGGAGAGUUUCAGUAAUGCCUUCUUUUGUUUUGGUUAUGAUGAUAUGUUAAUUUUGUUAAAUUUGUAAGACUUGAGUCUACAAGCUUAUCCAAGACAUUAGGGAUUACACCUAAUUUUGCAUUUCUCUUUACUGCAAUUGGGUUCAUGUGGCUAUGUUAGAUGCUUACUUUUAAAUUAAAUUAGAGUGCAUGUUAUGGUAAAUGUAUCUUUGUUUCUUCA